AUGGUUUCAAUAAUUGGCGAUAGGUACCGUUUUGCUUGGCGCUCCAAGAAAGCAUAUACUCAUAUUUUGAGGUUGCUCUUGGAAAAGACAAUUUAUGAAAACAAUGAAAAAGAUACCAGAAAGGCUACAUUAAAGUUCUCUUUGGAUGAACAAGAGAAUUUAAUUCAAGCAUUAAAGUUGUCGAUUAAUUUAAAACAUUCAGAGAGUGGAAAUCAUAAUACUGAUAUUAGUAUGAGCAAGGAAAAUAGAUCAGAAUAUCUAAUGAAUGAAAAUCAACUAGAGAAUUUAUGGAACCACCUAGAGUCAUUAAGGAAGAAAAGGCAUGAAACAGGUAAUUAUGAAAAUUCUCAGGCUAUUAGUAAUGAUCAAUUUGAAAGCAGCAAUUACAAUAAUGAAAGUACAAUGCGUGAUUUUGACUUUUUUGGCAGCUUUUCAUUUGACAAUUUGAUUCCAGGCGAUAAUCCGAUGUUCGAUAUAUUCCCAACGAAUUCAUAG